AUGGUUUCAAAGUGUUCGAAUGGAAAAGAUGAUAGUGAUGAUGAUGACGGUCUUUCAAAGAAAUUAAAUGAAAUUGAAAUCGGCCGUUUUGAAAGUCCAGAGGAGUCACCGAAGAUAGCAAAUAUCAGCCAGGAACAAGCAAUGAUCGUUGAGGAAUUCAAUCAGUCAGAUUUGUUGCCACCUCCGCCAAAAAAGUCUAAAAAAGAUAAGUUUCCGACUAGAUUUUACUCAGAUGCUGGUUUUGCAAAUCAACUCUUAUUUAUGGGUUCUAUGUCUUCUUUGGCAUGGAGCUUUUUAUCGUCCAGCAGUUUUGUCAGUUUAAUGGUCGCCGGAAUUUAUUUAUUUAACAUAUGGUUUCGGAGUAAGACUUUAAGAUUCUAUUUGAGGCAUCGCAUUUGUAAUACCUCAAGCUUCGUUUGUCUUGAGGCCAUAUGGCGCAGCACAGUUGGGCGAACGAAAUCAGGAAGGAUAAUAGUGGCUUUUGCGUCGCUUUUGGUAGCCACUGCACUGUCGUCAGCAAACAUCAUAUCGUUCAGUUCGCGAUUGAAGAUGAACUGGGCACCGUAUCCAGAAGGCUUUCGGCAGGAAAGCAUUAACUACAAGAAAUUAAGACCAGUUCCAGAUAUUGAUUUAAAAAAUGGUAAAGAGAAUGUGCCACUGAAUCUACAGACACCGUCGUUGAAUUUCAAUGUUUUUGAUCCAUUCUCACCAGUUGAAAUUGUUAGCCAAAGCUCACUUGAUUUAUACAAGACUUCAGAAGAAGCGAAAAGAUCCAGCAACAAACUGAACAAAAAGAAUUUUGUUGAUUAUUUAAAGUUGGCUAUUGAAAAAGAAAGUAAAGUAAUAUUCCACCAUGCAAUGUCCAAUUUAUCUAUGAAAAGUAAAUGUCAAGUGUCAUAUUUGUUUUAUUGUCUGCUGGAAUUGAAGAAAAAAGGUUUUGUUAACGUGCUGCAGAAGCAACCGUAUGCAGAUAUUGUUAUCACCAAGGGACCAAAGUCCUUUAACAUGGCACAUCUUUAA